AUGCUGCCGCAUAAUCGGAACAGGAGAUGGAUGGACGAGGCGGGAGAGAUGCUGACUCUGUCACCUGGCUUGAGUGACAUCGCUGAAGAGGAGAAGAAUGAAAAGCUAUCCGAAGCAUUGAAGAAAAAGGAGUGGGAACGCUCUGAGAAGUGGAGGAAGAUGGCAAAGUCCGUAAAAAAGGGCAAGAGCGGCGAAGGAACGGGAUUCGAGUUCGACACGAAGAAUCAAAAGGUGAUUGACCGCACAUGGAAGGGUAUACCGGACUGUUGGCGCGCCGCAGCGUGGUACUCCUUCCUGGCGACCAGUGCCCAAGCCGCCAAAAGUCCAGCAACGGAGGAGGAGAUCAUAGCAGAUUUUCAAAAGUUGCAAGAACACGGCUCUCCGGAUGACGUCCAGAUUGAUCUUGAUGUACCAAGGACUAUAAACCGACACAUCAUGUUCAGGAAAAGAUAUCGGGGCGGGCAGCGACUACUAUUCCGCGUGCUACAUGCUCUAUCCCUUUACUUCCCGGAUACUGGUUAUGUCCAGGGCAUGGCUGCCCUAGCAGCUACGUUGCUAUGCUACUACGAUGAAGAGCGAUGCUUCGUCAUGCUUGUGCGCAUGUGGCAGCUCCGCGGUCUUGAACGCCUCUACCAGCCAGGCUUCGCCGGUCUCAUGACAGCGUUGGAUGACUUCGAGAAGACCUGGCUUGGGGGCAAAGAGGUCGCCAAGAAACUCUCAGAGCUUGCUAUCAGUGCAACAGCGUACGGCACGCGCUGGUAUCUGACACUCUUCAACCUUUCUGUUCCAUUUCCAGCGCAACUGCGUGUCUGGGAUGUCUUCAUGCUGCUUGGCGACGCCCCUCCCAUACCUCCUAACCCGAGCCUCGAGAAACUUAAGGAUCCCGAGCUCCCCUUCCUCGGGCUUGACAUCCUCCAUGCGACAUCUACCGCUUUGAUCGAUGCUUUACAGGAGGUACUACUCGAUUCCGAUUUUGAAAACGCCAUGAAGGCGUUGACAUCUUGGGUCCCCAUCAAGGACGAAGACAUGCUCAUGAAAGUCGUCCGGGCGGAGUGGAAACACCACCAAAAGAAGAAACCAUAG